AAUGUCUUCCGGUCGUGGACCGGAAGUGCUACGACGCGAGACUCCAUUUUAGCAUUCACUGGUAUUCGAAGUCGGUGAGACUACGGGCUUUUUACGGAAUUAAACGGCAAUAAAGAUGGUUAAGAUCUUUGUUGGCAACCUAUCCUCAAGCACGACCACGGAAGAUCUGCGCUCGCUUUUUUCCGAAUACGGCAAAGUAAAAGAGUGCGACGUCCUGAAAAAUUAUGGGUUUGUACACAUGGAAAGUAAGCAGGAGGCGGAAGAGGCUAUUCGCAAACUCCACCAUCACGAGUUGAAAGGUCAAGCUAUAAAUGUGGAGAUGAGCAAAGGGAAACCCAGGGGCUCUACGAAGCUGCAUGUGAGCAACAUCAGCAGCGGCUGCACCAAUCAGGAGCUUCGCGAAAAGUUUGAAGAGUAUGGUCCUGUAGUUGAGUGUGACAUAGUGAAGGACUAUGCCUUUGUACACAUGGAGCGAAUGGAGGAUGCCGUGGAGGCCAUCAGUGGGCUGAAUAACACAAACUUCCAAGGCAAGCUGAUCAAAGCACAACUAUCCACGAGUCGCCUCCGCACUGUGCCGGGCAUGGGAGACCAAACUGGCUGUUAUGUCUGUGGGGAGCAGGGCCACUGGUCCAAAGAUUGCAGACGUGGUCAGAACGGUAGCUAUGGUGGAAACAUGGGGGGAUUCCCUGGCAACAGAGGCCCCCCACGAGGUGGGCCGAGUUAUGGCAUGAGUGGCCCUGGAGGUCCUCCUAGUAGAGGUUACCCAGCAGGGCCACCUCACCCUCCCCAGCCUAUGAGCCGGCGUCCCAGCUAUGGGGAGUAUGGCGCAGAAACUCGAGAUCGGUUCCCCAGCAGGCCACCGAGUACUUAUCCAGAGAGGGUGCCCGCGUAUGACCGAGAACGCUACGGAAGCAUCGAUUACUAUGAGAAGUAUCGGGCUCGGCCGGUUGCCUCUAGUUAUUAUGAGGAAAAGCCUGUCUCUAUCCCCCCUCCUCCCCCUCCCUCUUCUUUCUCAAGGAUGCGGUUGGCUCCACCCAGCCUCAAUCCCUACGAUCGACAUCCUAUGGUGCCCCCGUCUCCCGCGGCAUCAGCGUACUUCUCGCGGGACCGUAGCCCUAUCAGACGUGUGGGCGCCGGUGCGGAAGGCUACUUGUACGAGCGCUCGCGACUUUCCCCGGUUUCAAGGAGCUCAGCAUCUUACGACGCGCCGCGAGCCAGAGACGGCUACACCGAGCGGGUUCGAUACACAUACUAAGCCACACACAUGCUAAGGUGUUUUCAAGAGACCUCUUUCCUUCCACCUAUAUGACUUUGCCUCGAUCAAAAAUGGCUCAAGAUGCUGCGCUGGAUUUGAAAGAUGCAGGAUUGAAAAGACACAUUGAUCACAAUGCUUAUCAGCUCUGCACAUAAAUAUUUUACCCAUGUUACACAAACUACUGUUUAAUUGCCCCUUUCCCUUUAAGUCAUUUUCAGCCAUCUUUGUAUAAGUUAAAAAACAUAGUUGUGGUGUAAAAAUUGAGUUUUGCCUUCAGAUGUAAGGUGCAGUAUCUGAUGUAAGCGUCAUUUGAGUUUGUUUUCCAUGGUAGUUGUGACGUACUAUUAUUUACUUGGAUUUUUUUCCAGGUGUUAUUACAAUUAAGUUUUGUGAGGACAAUCUGGUUAUGUUUCUUUUGGUGAUGAAUUCUACAGCUGCAAAAUGCAUGCUGAAAAAUAAACUCAAAUCCAACAUUCCAACUUAUUUCAUAUCUGCUAUAGGUGAUUGGUUUUAUGGUAUGUAUAAACUAGGGGUGCAACGGAUCAAAAAACUCACGGUUCGGAUCGUUUCUCGGAUCAGAGUCACGGAUCGGAUCAUUUUUCGGAUCAGCAAAAAAAAAAAAAGACAAGACAAAUAAACAUAAGUUUUGUCUUUUUGUUUAUUAACUCUUUUAAAUUAUUAAAUUAAAAUAUAUAAAAUCAACUUCGCAAUCUUUUCGCUGAAGUGGGUGCGCGACGGGAUGUCGUAACGUGGCUCAAGCACUUUCAAGCAUGUGUUUAAAGCCCUCGUUUUGCACAACCGAAUAUGGCCUCAUGUCGGCACCUAUAAACACACCGAUAGCGUUUGUGAUGGCUUUAGCCUGGUCUGAUUGUGCAACAAGGGGCUGCUUAAAUGCCGCGGUGAUAAGCGGUUGUUGAGCAGCCUUCGUUUUCACUCCUGUCAGUGAAACACCGGGGUCGCUUCAAAUGCGUGGCCAUGCUUGAUGUGUUUCCACUGUCAUAUGUCUUUCUUGUGCCACAGUGCCUACACACCGUCACGGUUUUAUCCACUAACCUCUUUCCUUCAUCAUUAUAUUUGACAGGGAAGCCAAAAUGCUCCCAUACAGGGGAUUUAAAUGACGCGGGGCGUUCAAGCUCCUCCGUUCCUCCGCUCGCCAUGACCACGCUGUGUGUGGACUGAACAUGCCCAAAACUUUUUUUUCCAUAAAUCAAUCCGCGGAUCACGUGUGUGCCGAACCGAAGAUAUUGAUCCGAACGGAUCAAUGAUGAUCCGUUGCACCACUAGUAUAAACUGUUCAGAGCUAAAUUUUGCAUCUGCCCAGAGAUGCUUGGUAAAUUGCUUAUGUUUGUGUAUAGGGUACAUUCAACUGAAGCUAUUCUGUGAGGUCUGUGAGUUUUCGUUUUGUGUACGUUCAAGAUUUGGAAGUUUGGCUAAAUAAAUUUGUCUUUGUUUUUUAACCCCCGGAGAUGUGAUUUAAUAUAGAAUGUAAAAGUGCCGGGGCUUGGCAGUUAAUGUGAUAUGGGUCAACAUUGUGUACUGCUUUUGGAUGCUAACCGAUUGUUAUUCUGUGUUUACCAAUGACUUUAUGGGAGGGGAUUGUUCAAUUGUAAGAGGCACCUUAAAGGGAUAAUUCACCCAAAAAUGAAAAUUAUGUCAUCGUUUACUCACGUUCCAGUUGUUCCAAAUCUGUAUAAAUGUCUUUGUUCUAAUGAACACAGAGAAAUAUAUUUGGAAGAAUGCUUAUAACCAGACAGAUUUUGCCCCCCCAUUCACCAUCAUAGUGGUAGUCAAAAGUGCCCCAGAAUUGUUUGCCAUCCUUCUUCAUUUUUCAAAAACAAAAACACCCCGCUAAAAGUACUUUUUCCUACUAUGGGAGUCAAUGGGGUUGCAAAAUCUGUCUGGUUAAGCAUUCUUCCAAAUUUCUUUGUGUUCAUCAGAACAAAGAAAUGUAUACAGAUUUGGAACAACUGGAAGGUGAGUAAAUGAUGACACAAUUUUCAUUUCUGGGUGAAGUAUCUCUUUAAAGUAUAAAGGUUGGAAGUGUAACGUGUGUACAUGAAAAUGAAGUGUAAAUUCAGAUUGGAACCUAUUAACCAACUCUCACUCAGGGCUUUAUUCACCUUUUGAGACUGGUGGCAUUUACAAGUGUUUCUUCUUUAUGGGUGCCUUGGGAAGCUCUGUGAAAAUGUUUAUAAAUUUGAUUUUCUGUAGUUUGUAUAUUUCCUACAGAAGUCAGGAGUGUGUUUUAUGAAUUAUCUUUUGUAAUAAACCAAUAUUUUGGUGACAAACAGUCUUUUUUAUUUGAGUCCCCAUACUAGAUAAUUGUUUACGAGUUAACACUACACAGUUU